AUGACAAAUUCGAAGGGUUUGAGGCGAGGAACCCGCUACAUGUUCGCUCGCCCUUUCCGAAGGCAUGGUAUAGAGCAUCUGUCAACCUACUACCGCAUUUACAAGCGCGGAGACAUCGUCGACAUCAAGGCGAACGGCGCUUUCCAAAAAGGAAUGCCUUUCAAAGCAUAUCAUGGAAAGACCGGUACCGUCUUCAAUGUCACGAAGAGCGCUGUCGGAGUGAUCGUAAACAAGCGAGUGCGAGGACGCAUUAUCCCUAAGCGUAUCAACAUUAGAGUGGAGCAUGUGAAGCCGUCCAAAUGCAGACAAGAUUUCUUGAAUCGUGUGAAAGCUAACGACGAGAAGAAGAAGGCUGCUAAAGCAGCAGGUCAAGAAGUUCCUGUACUUAAGCGGCUACCAGUGGAACCCCGAAAGGGUCAUCUUGUCAGCACCAAGGACAAUGAGCCCGAGCUUCUGGCCCCUCUCCGGUACGAGAUCGUAGCCUAG